CAGUAUCUAAAAUAUGGUUUUGUUUUCUCAGAAACUCUGAAAGUCAGCUGCAAUUUUCGAUAAGAAGUGAUGCUUUACUGUUUUUUCAGACACUGAGGGUUGUUGGUGGAGCUCUGCUGCCGUGCACCGCUAAGCUGAAGUUCUGAGUUGAAGAUGACUUCAAAAAAUUUUCGACUGGAUGAUUUUCUCGCAGGAUGGAUCGGCGGCGCUUCCAGUGUGGUCGUUGGGCAUCCGCUGGACACAGUGAAGACGCGGCUCCAGGCAGGAAAAGGCAACCAGAACAUGCUCCACUGCAUCCUUAACAUCUACAGGAAGGAGACGGUGAUGGGGUUCUUUAAAGGCAUGUCUUUCCCGCUCGCCAGCAUCACUGUCUACAACUCAGUUGUGUUUGGCUUCUUCAGCAAUACUCAAAGACUCAUAAGCAAGUAUCGCUAUGGUGACGGAAGGCAUCCCUGUAGCAUGCUGGACCUGACUGUGGCCAGCAUGCUAACUGGACUGAUGUCAGUGGGCCUUGGAGCUCCAGUGGAUUUGGUCAAGAUCAGACUGCAAAUGCAGACACAGCCGGUUCUGGCAGAGAACCUCCAGCUGGCCGGUAAUGUGCCCAAUGGCACCAACAUCCCCCUGCGUUCCGUCGACAUUCCCAACCAGCGACUCUACAGAGGCCCAAUCCAUUGCAUCAGCACCAUCCUGCAGACUGAGGGAAUCCAGGGGCUUUACAGAGGGGCCGGGGCCAUGAUCCUGAGGGAUGUCCCAGGAUACGCGCUCUAUUUCAUCCCCUAUGCCGUCUUCUGUAACUUGCUGACCCCAUCCAACUCAUCCAGCCCUCAUCCUUGCUCGAUCUGGCUCGCUGGAGGUUUAGCAGGCUCUAUUUCCUGGGUCACGGCAACACCAGCUGAUGUGGUGAAGAGCCGAAUGCAGGCAGAUGCCCAGCUGCAAAGGAAGUAUAAGGGAGUUUUACACUGCAUUAUCCAAAGCUACAAAACUGAGGGAGCAGAGGUUUUCUUCAGAGGAGCUUCCGUGAACGCCAUCCGAGGCUUCCCAAUGAGUGCCACUAUGUUCCUGAUGUAUGAACUCUCUCUGCAGUUCUUCAGAGGUCUUUAGGGCUGCAGGGAAAUCUGAAACACUUUGCAUAAAGGGAGCUCACAGCUAACUGUUACCAGUUUGCUUGAGAUGAAAGAUUGUGAGCACUUUAUAGUAGCUUUGAGCCAGCUGCUUUUAGUCAAAUGUUUUAGGUCUGACCCCUUUUAUCACAGUUAGGUUACUUGAAAUAUGAUGUUUUAUUUAUGUUUAAUAAUGCAUAUCUGAUUAUUUAGAUCACCAAAGUAAAACAUUUUGCUAACCAGAGUCCUGCUUUGACACAAAGGUGUUUGACAUUGCAGAGGUUUGAUACUACAGGUGUUAUAUAAGAGUUUCUGAAAGUGUCACUGAAGGUUCUUUUAUGAGUUUUGUUAAAGGUUUUUAAAUAGACUUGUAAACAAUCUAUUAUUAAUUGUUUUAAAUGUUAAUUAUGAUUAAUAGAACAAUGAUGUAUGCAUGUAAAAACAAAACAAUAGGAAAAUUGCAGUAAGAAUUGAUGCCCAACUUGGUAAAUUGAGGGAAAUAAAAUACAGAUAGGAGGCUUAGUUAGCCAGGAGAUCUGCAAGGGAGAGUUUAUUAUAAUGAUGAUGUAUAAACUGAAGUUAGUACAAGGUUGAAGGAGCCUGCUGAAGAAGACCAAAAUAUCUUCAUAUUUGUAAUCACAGCGAAUGCAUACUACUUUUGAAAUUGUUUGAUUGUCCUCCAAAUUAUCAAAACAUUUCUAAAAGAAAGAAACCAUUUCCCAGACUUCCUGUGAAGCUUUUAAAGUUUAAGUUCAGUCUAUAGAUGUUUUUUAUACUUUUUUUUUUUCCAGUUUUCAUACAUAUUUUAUCCCUUUUUUUAUUCCAACCUUCAAAUCAUCAAAGUCAAAAUGACUCCUUAUUCGGAUGGAUGGUUGGUUGUAGAUGACCAUCAGGUACUGGAGAACCACUUGAAAUGACUGAUGGAAAGUCUGAUUGGAAGGAAGGUUCAACACUUUUGCACAAAUCUGAAAUAUUAACAAUAGAGAGCAAGAAGAAGUUUAAAAUGUUCUACAGGAACAGAUUUAUGUGACGCUUUUAUGCAAGAAAAUCUAUAUUGUUAACGUUGCAGUAUAUCUCAAAUGAUUUAAUGAGUUCCACAUGUCUGUGAAACGUUUCCAAUAUUCGAAGCACAUUAGCACUGGGACACUGUUAUAGUAGAGUUAUGUUAUUGUUUUAAGACUUAACUGCCAACAAAUCGUUUUAAGCUAAAUAAGGAAUUAAGGCUUGUUUUUUAAUUCUAGUUCUUUAAGGGCCGUUUUACUAACUUAACACUGUCCUUACACUAAAUGAAAAGAAACUGAGAGGAUAAAGAUGAUAUAUUUAGUGUCAGCAAUCUUUUGAUAAAUGUGCUUUUAUUUAAUUAUUUUACCAAAAAAAAAAAAACUAAUUUGUGUUUGUGUUCCUUCUGGGAUGUUAAAAGUCCCUGUGUCUGGUAUGGUUCGGUCCUGCAGCCGAAUCCGGCCUGAGUUUGCACAUUUACAUUUUUUUUAAUUGAUUCUGUGUGUUCCUAUCUGUGAGGAAAAAUACAAGCACAUAAUCGUUUUUAUCCCACAGUGUCACACAGUAUUUAUUUGAUGAUCUGUUCAACAAAGAAAAAAAAUUAGAAAAUGCAAUUGCCGCCUACAAAGUUUGCUUAUGAAUUUAAACUGACUAAUUGGUUUUCCUUUAAAUGCUAUUUAGCAAAAUAGGAGAGGUGCAUUUUUAAGUCACUUUAAUAAAGAAUUAAAAUAUUUUUAUGAAGGGUGUGAGAUUUUUUAACACAAAUAUAAUACCAAUAUGGUGACACGUUCUGCUUCUACAUGUAUUCAUGUUUCUUAUAUUAAGGGAUUCUGAGUUUUUUUUUUUUAUUUGAACUUUUAUACUAUAUUUUCAGAUGCAAAUGAGCCACGUUAGCACAGUUCUGUUAUUGUUUUAAGUUUGCUUUUACUUUCCAGCUAAUCUCAUAACACUUAGGUGCUAAAUCAACACUAGAAUAACAACAGGGAAUUUAAAUGGAAAUAAUAUUUUUUGUAUCUUUAUGUAAAUAUGUAUAAAUAUGUUUAACUUCCUUGAAAAGCCAAAAGUGUCUUAUUGUACUUAAAUAAAUCUUCAU